AUGUAUUACAACAGCGCCAAGGAAAGCGAGGAGAUUGAAUGCGGAGAAUCCCCUAUGGAACUGGGGUACAAACAGUGGAAUAAGAGACUCUUGCUGGGUUCAGAUGCUCAGACUUAUACGCUCCAACAGCUUCAGAUGAUGCACUUGAGUCAUCCCGGCGGUGCAUGCAGCUGGAGAAGGGCUUGGGCGUGCGGAUUACAGAUGACUGCUGCAGCGGGCCAACCAGCGCCUGCUCUUCACAGGCACUACACCCAAAUGGGCCAGAUUCACGCCUUUGGUACAUCAAAAGUCAGCGCUCUGUGCGAGGCAUCCAUCAAUUCAGACCCAGACGCCAUCGUCUCAGUUCUCCGUAUCGUCGUAGUCCCAAAUUUAGGCCGAAUCAAUGAAACUAUUUGUCAGCGGCGAACUCCCUCAACAAUGUACGUUAAGUAUACACGCUUUUUAGCACGCCAUAUGGAUAUCGCAUGUACAUAG